ACAUGUGCAGACUGAGAGGAGUAUCAAAACACUCUCACCAUCUUAGAACUAUACUCAACCUAUUGUAGGUGUAUGUACUAUAGAUUGCAGAGCAUACGAAGAGCAACCUGUACAAGAUGGUGAGGGAGAUGGUCAGCAGAAACCUGGAGUCUGAGCCAGCACACAUUUGUGGACCCCACUGCCUGGGCCCCUUGACCUUCCAUAAGGAAGUGAUGGGUGCCUUGGUGAGCCUGAGCCAGGGGGCCAGGCGGGCAGACAGGACUGGGGUCACCUUCAGACACGGCCUGGUUUUCAGCAGCCGCCCGGUACGGCCCCAGGAGAGGGUGCGUCUGCGAGUGGAGUUGUGCAAGCUGACCUGGCUUGGAGCCAUGCGUGUGGGCUUCACCAAUGUGCUUCCUAUUGCCAGAGCCCUGCCGCCCCUGGCCAUCCCAGACCUCACAGACCUCCCUGGCCACUGGGCCGCUCCUGUGCCUGAAACUUGCUGCCUGCCAGGCUCAGAGCUGGAGUUUUGGGUCUCCCAUGGUGGUAGAAUGUAUUUCAGGAAUGGCAACAGACGAAAAAACAGCCGAAAACACAAACUGCUGAAGGGAGUGGACCUCAGCCGUCCCCUGUGGGCCAUGAUUGACGUUUAUGGGCAGACCUGCUCUGUGCUCUUACUGGGGUCGGAGAAGAAAGAGUUUUUGGGGAUUCAAAAGUCCUGUCCUGCUCCGCAACUGCGUUCCUCCUGUUCUGCUCUUCAGAGACACACCUCACUCAAUAUUGAAAACUAUGUGAAUGUGAGACAGAUUUGUGAUUACAUUCAUGACAGCCAACUUCUUCCCCGUCCAGCCAAUAAGCAGACAUCAGACUGUGAGAGCGUGGAGGACUGUGCGGUGUGUAUGAGCCAGAAGGCCUGUAUCAGCCUGCAGUGUGGCCACCAGUGCCUGUGUCUCCAGUGUGCCAUCAGAGUGAUCCAGGAGUUUGGAAACUGCCCUCUGUGUCGCCAGAACAUCAAGAGCUUCCUGCAAACUAAAUGACCCAGUAGGACUGACCCCAAUUACUCGAUUGUUGGUCGACAGAGAUUGUUUUAGUCGAGCACUAUCAAAUAUAUACAUUUGUAUAUAUUUGCGCCCAUCUCAGUGACUUAAUCCAUUGACGAGGCCUAGACUAAAAGCCAAUUUAUGUUUGAUUAGAAAAUGUGGUCGGAGGCUCCACAUGUAGGGUGUGACACAAUUGUGGAGCCUCCAGAGGCAUGCAGAGGCCAUAUCGAGCUCUGUAACGCAUCGCCAUGUGCCUCCCAAAAAUGUUUAACAAUGGUGAGGGCUCUGUAUAAUUCAGCAUUGAUAUGAUUGGUUGAUGGUAGGUGGGGCGGUACAUCCUGUAUAAACACAAACUCACUUCCUUGACAACAGCUCUGCACUCCUCUGUGAAGGGCAAUAAGUAUUAAUAUAAGGUGAAUGCACCAAUUUGUAAGUCGCUCUGGAUAAGAGCGUCUGCUAAAUGACUUAAAUGUAAAUGUAAUACCCUGACUUCUAAUGAGGCCAUUCCUGCCAUGACUUUUGCUGAGGCCGUAUCACCAUAAAUGCCGCAUGGCCAACGCUGACGUCUGAUUGACCAUGCGCCCAGAUGCACAAUGCACUGCUCUCUUCAGAAUGUGCUCUCCCUGACAAUUUGUGCCAGUGGCCAUUUUAGCAUGUAAAUCUUGGUGGGGCAAGCUCCCCCAAAACAUAUUGGGAUGCAUGCCAGCAAAGCCACUACACAACACUAAACAAUACAUUAAUUGCACUACAACAUUGACAAACGGUGCCCACAAACUGCUAGGGCCUACACAAAACUGUCCCCACAGCAGUCCCAACAGCAGUACCAACACCUGACCACAACACCACUGGCCAUCAGCGGAGCCUUGUCUGGCAGCAAAACACUUCAUUCAGACUCAUUUACUGCCUUUAAAAAAACCAUAUCUAUUAUGGCUGAUUUUCUUAAACAAAUGUGUUUUUUACUAACAAUUGAGAUGUACAAACUAUGGUAUAAGGGGACGGCGAGCGGAUAAGAAGCAAUCCAUAAUUACGAUUAAGACAUGAAUGAGCGAGCUAGGACGGACGUAGUCAAUUUAACUAUUUGUUCUGCACUUUCGAAAUGUACAGCAACAUAAUUGAAAACAUGGGCCGUUCUUACAGUAUACUCCCUGUACACCUGUCAGUUGGCAUGAAGGAUUGGGAGGCAGAUGCAGGAAUGCGUAAUCGUUUUUUUUUAUUGUACCCAAAUUACGGCGUGCCGUGUAAAGGCACGGGGACGAAGACCAAACAAACACUAUACAAAAACACAGGGUUACAUUUACAUUUAACAUUUAAGUCAUUUAGCAGACGCUCUUAUCAAACCCAAAUAAAAGAGCGAGGAGUACUUCGAACAAAUGCGCACAAUGAUUAACACACAGGAUGAGAACUGUAAUCAUCUGUGCAAUCCACAAUGGCACGAAAGCCAAAACACACAGCACAGGUACUCACACGCACCAACGGGCAUAGUAACAAUAAUCGACCCUCCAAAUGGAAACCAAAGGACACAUAUACAAAUGCUAAUCAGUGGAAAUAGGGGACAGGUGUUCCGGAGGGAUCCGUGACAACACCAAGUCAGAACCGUAGGAUAAAUAAAGGGGGUAUAUAAGCAGACAAUGAAACAUCUUACAAUAUUAUAUGAUUACAUUUCUCUAAAACAGGCUAUAGGCUACAUGCACACCACCAAGUCAGAACAGUGGAAAAGGGACCAAAUUAUUAGGGUGAGGCACAUUGGCUACUAACAGCUUACUACACAACAUACAAUCAGUAUUACUUUCUUAACUACAGUAUACAUAUCUCCCUGGCAUAUUAAGUCAUUUAUGCAGCAGCAUACAAUACAUUUUUGGACUCACCUUGUUGUACUGUGCUCAAUUGAACAGGAAGGUGGCACGGUGGUCCUUUGUGGGCAAAUUUUGGUGGGGCUCAAAACAGCUGGGACUCUGUGUGAAUUGUUUGCUUUCGAUUGUUACUUAUUUUAUAUCAAUUCCCCAUUACAUAUAUCACCAGUAGUAAAUGUACAGUUAAUUCCUAUCAUUUCGACUCUACAAUGUUUUUUACAUUGGUUACGGUCAUUCAUUUUAAUGCAUUUAACAUUAUUAUUCCAGUCUUCCCAUUAUCAUUGUCAGAAUGGACACAUUGUUUGCAGAGUGCACAACGUAUGCUACACUUGUGAGAAAUAACUUUUGUUUUUUUUAAUCCCAUUUACAAGUUCUGUCAAUUUAGUCAUUGUAUUUUGUUUGGAGCGCUCCUGUCAAUGUUGAGUAAAGAUGCAUAUGCAUUGAAGUAGGCCUAUAUCUACUUGGCCUGUGCGCAAAUGUAGGCAUAUAAAUGUGCCCAUUUAGGGAUGAGAUAGUAUUUCUGAUUGGCAAAAUGUGAAGACUGUGCAAGGGACUGUCACUAGCGACUGUAUGUUGCCAUGCAGGUAAUCACCCACAUCUACCUAGUAACUCUGUGUUAUCAGAUGUCUUUGUAAAGAAAUGUUAUAAUCAGAAUUACAAACUCGGUGGGCCGAGCCCUGAAGGCUGACAGCUGUGGUAUAUCAGACCGUAUACCACGGGUAUUACAAAACAUGUAUUUUUACUGAGGCGCCUCGGGGGUUUAUGGUAUAUGGCCAAUAUACCAUGGCUAAAGGCUGUGUCCAAAUUACUGAAAAGGGAUUACAGGAUUUUUUUCAGAAGGAUCUACACAAUCUACUCCACAUUUUGAAAGUGAAAGGAAACUGUAGAUUUUUUUAAUUAAGAAAAAAGAUCAAAUGAAGAUGUAUUGAUUGCGUAUGUCUUCACACCCCAGAGCUAAUACUUGGUGGAAGCAUCUUUGUGUCACGUUGUUCGUAAUAAUGAUGGUCGGACCAAGGCGCAGUGUAUGUUGAGUUCCACAUAAUUUCAAUGAAUAAAGUGAAACUUAGCAAUGACAAAAACAAAUCAACAAUAAACUAACAAUGACCCGUGA